AUGAAUCUGAUGACAGAGAGUAACGGGAAGGUUGUCAGUUGUGUUGGAGAAGAUAGAAUCAGUAACCUGCCAGAACACUUGAUAGAUUCAAUCUUAGAACGGAUCCCAGUUCAAGACACUGUAAGGACAAGCAUUAUAUCAAAAAGUUGGAGGUACAGAUGGACCAAAUUGAAGGCUGUGGUUUUUGAUAAAGAUUUCUCGAAUAAAUUUGCAAAAAAUGGAGCUUUUGGUCGUAAUGGGUUUGUCAGGAUCAUCAACCAAGUCUUGUUCCUUCACAAGGGUCCUAUCUUGAAAUUUCAUCUCAACAUACCAAACAUGGUUCUUGAUAGCUUCCUGGAAGUUGAUCAAUGGAUGUCAUUCUUAUCUAGACAGGGUGUUACUGAACUUCCACUUGCGUUUGAAGGAUUUCUCAAUCUUGAAGAACUUUUUCUCAAGGAUAUCGAUUUUGGGGCUAGCUUGAGUGGAGCUAAGGUCAACCUACCACAGCUUAAGAAGUUGUCCCUGUAUUGGUGCACAAAUGUUUACAAUUUCAAUAUUAAGGCUACAAAACUGCAGUAUUUGGAAGUCCUAACUUGCCCUGAUGCUAUGUUGAUCCAGUUAUUAGGCAGUCCAUGCCUUUUUGAGGUUGUGAUUAUUUUGCAGAACCGCAUACAAGAUUAUGAACAAGCUGAAAAAACUAAUUUGGCCACAAUUUUUAGUAACUUGCCCACAGUUAGAACCUUUGGUAUCGACAGUUAUUUUGUUAAGUUUUUGGCUGCAGAAAAGAUUCCUAAAUUGCUUCCACAUCCGAUUAGUAGUUUAAAAUGUCUCUGGUUGCUGUUUUUUCAACUUGGUGAUUUGGAUCUACUUCAUGCUGCUCUUUGUUUGCUUCGAAACUCACCCAAUCUGGAAAGUCUGCAUAUGUAUAUGCUGGGCAUGCAGGUGGAUCCCCGAGUAGAUGUGGGACCUGCUUCAAAUCAUUUGGAAUCCCCAAACUGCUUGGAUUGUACAUUGGAUCAGUUGCAAACUGUAGAGAUAACAUAUUUAGAAGGAUCAAAACCAGAACUGCUUUUUAUAAAGCUUCUUCUUGCUCAUUCCCCUUCUCUCGAGAAGCUUACCAUCACAACAAGUGGAGAUCUUGAUGCUAAAAAAAUACUUGCCAUCUCAAAGGAUGUUAUGCGCUUCCCUCGAGCAUCACCAAAAGCAGAAGUGAUCUACUUGAACCCGGAGACAUAA